CCGUCUUUCUCCAUCGUGUAAGUGCGGACUUUACAGAGUGCACCUGAAUGCAGCACGGCAGAAGCAGUAGCUGCGGACGGACACGAUGCAGACGAUAAAGUGUGUGGUGGUGGGUGACGGUGCUGUGGGGAAAACCUGCCUUCUCAUCUCUUACACCACCAACAAGUUUCCCUCAGAGUACGUCCCCACGGUGUUUGAUAACUAUGCAGUGACGGUGAUGAUCGGCGGUGAGCCAUACACUCUGGGACUGUUUGACACUGCGGGUCAGGAGGACUACGACAGGCUACGACCUCUCAGUUACCCUCAGACAGAUGUCUUCCUCGUCUGCUUCUCUGUCGUGUCGCCCUCGUCCUUCGAGAACGUCAAAGAGAAGUGGGUACCAGAGAUUACACACCAUUGCCCAAACGCCCCGUUCCUGCUGGUCGGGACCCAGGUGGAUCUUAGAGAUGACAGCAAUACUUUGGAGAAGCUAGCUAAGAACAAACAGCGGGCCCUGACCACUGAGAGCGGAGACAAACUGGCCCGCGACCUCAAAGCUGUCAAAUACGUGGAGUGUUCAGCUCUAACUCAGAGAGGGUUGAAGAAUGUGUUCGACGAGGCCAUACUAGCUGCUUUGGAGCCUCCAGAAACCAAACCCAGAAAACGUUGCGUGCUGCUAUAGAUGCCACGAACGCAGCAGGAGAUGGACAGGAAGCUAUGAGAGGGAGAAGCGCGGGGACAGGAGGAGAUGGACUCUUCAGUGCCUUCAGCUAAAGCGACUAAACACGGGUGUGGUUUUGGAACCGACAGACUGUAUUUUCAUCAUUAGCUGUAAUAAUGUUUAACACUUAAAUAGCACUCCUUUCUUAACUUGUGGGCUUUUAACAAAAACACAAAGCAGGUUCAGCUGUUUAGACGUAUGUGCCU